UCAAAACCAAGUCGUCAUCUUUUUUUCUUGUUUGUUUUUCCAUGGUUGUAAUUACACAUCUCUCUUCUAUUAUCUCUUUCUAAUUUUCCUCGAAUUUGUGUAUACGCAAAACCUGUUUUACAGAGCAUUUAUUACGAAAAGUGUUUCGCUUUUUUUUGUUUGUUUGUGUCUUUUGCGGAUGACUCGUCGGUGUUCGCAUUGUAGCAACAAUGGGCACAAUUCUCGCACGUGUCCUACGCGUGGGGGUGGCACGUGCGGUGGAAACGGAGGUGGUGCAGGAGGAGGAUCUUCCUCCUCCGCCGUGAAGCUGUUCGGCGUGCGGUUAACGGAUGGUUCGAUUAUAAAGAAGAGUGCGAGUAUGGGCAACCUCUCGGCAUUGGCCGUCGCAGCAGCGGCUGCGCACCACCGUUUAUCUCCGUCGUCUCCUCUAGCGACGCCGAAUCAUCACAACGAUUCGCCGUUAUCGGAUCACGCUCGGUACUCUAACCAACAUAACGAAGGGUAUUUAUCCGAUGAUCUAGCUCAUGGUUCUGGCUCCAUUCACCGUCGAGGGGAGAGGAAGAGAGGUGUUCCUUGGACCGAGGAGGAACACAGGCUAUUCUUAGUCGGUCUUCAGAAACUCGGGAAAGGAGAUUGGCGCGGGAUUUCAAGAAAUUAUGUAACUUCAAGAACUCCCACGCAAGUGGCAAGUCAUGCUCAAAAGUAUUUCAUUCGCCAUACUUGUUCUAGCCGCAGGAAAAGACGUUCUAGCCUCUUCGACAUGGUUACAGAUGAAAUGGUAACCGAGUCAUCGCCAACACAGGAAGACCAAACCAUAAACCAGUCCCCUCCAAGCAAGGAACCGGAAAACAAAACCCACCUUCCUUCACUAGAGCUUUCACUUAACAAUACUACAGAACCUGAAGCGGUCAUAGCCACGGCGACACCACAGGAGAAACCAGAAGAAGCCGUAGAACCAUCAAUGCUAGUCCAGGGAGGCUUUUUUCCUCCUUGUUUUCCAGUCACUUACACGUUCUGGCUCCCUGCGACUUCCACUUCACUUCACGCAACAGAACAUUCUUUAGAAGCUGAGGCUUCUUCUCAGAAACAUCAGGUCCUAAAACCAAAACCUGAAUUUGCUAAAGAACGUGUAAACAUGGACGAGCUGGUCGGCAUGUCUCAGCUUCGCAUAGGAAUGGCGACAAGACAUGAAACCGAAGCUUCUCCUUCUCCAUCUCCACUAUCUCUGAAUCUAAUAGGGGAGCCCUCAAGGCCAUCGGCGUUUCACACUAAUGGCUCGGUUAAUGGUUCAGAUUUGAGUAAAGGCAACAGCGCAAUUCAGGCAAUCUGAAAAAAUCUUGUUGGUGGUUCAAGAAUGAAGAAGGAAGGCCCUGACCAGAUUAAACCAGAGCAUGUUCCUGGUUUUAGACGAAACAAACCAAGGCAUAAACCAUUAGAGACAGUGGCAGACUCACGAGAUGAAGGGAUUAUACCGGUUGAAUUUGGAAAACUGUAAUUGUUUCACUAGUAGUUUGUGGCUGAUUUGGUCAAAAAUUUUUACUAUUGACUCUCCUAAAAACGUUUAGCCCUUAUCAUUGACAACAUUAAUUCAAUUUUCUAUUUAAAAUGAUAUUAUUUGUGAAA